AUGUUACGGUGGGUUUUAUUUGAUUUUUUAAACCUGUUUUCCCGUAUUUUAUCCCUUACAAAGAAUAUUAUUUAUUUUUUUAGCUCCAUUUCCCACAUUCAGGCUUCAUUUUGGAAUGGAAUUCCCAUGUGUGGUUUGAUCCACACGACAAAGAGAUUUGCCUCAAAUCGGCACGUUGUUGUGCCAAAUUAUCCUCUUCACAAGAAGCCUGGGAAAACUGUCAGCAUUGAGGUCGCGCAACCAAGUGAUUUUGGAAUUUUUGAGAAGUAUUGCAAAACUUUAUAUCAUGCGGAACCCUUGACUAUAGCUUUUGGUGAGUUCAUUUUUUAUAAGUUUUAUUGGAUGGCUGAAAAUUUUUUUUUUAUGUGACAAGACGGUUGGGUAGAAAACCCUUUUUUCCGCAUAAAAUUGGCAAAGAAAAAAAAGCAAAAAUGUGACAUUUUUUCGAGAAAUUACUUUUCAACAUGUUUUUAAUUUGGAACACCUCAGAAUGCCCACCGGAAGACAUCUACAAGCAUUUCAUGUUGCCCUUGAUCGAAACUUCCCUCCGUUUCCCGUAUUCGAUCAUGGUCAUGGACGGCGAUCAAAUGGUCGGAUUCUCUUUGACUACCGUCGAAGUUUUUGAUGAGCACCGGCCUCUGGCGCCGCUCAAUGUGGAUGACUUUGGGCCCAGUAAGGGACAAAAAAUUGUUAUUUGUGGUUUCUAAACCGCAAAGAUGGAGUUUCCUUACUGUCUUCCCUUUUUCAGUCGUCGAACACUACGCAAAACUCCACGGUGUCACGGAGAAGAAGAUGAAAAAUGCCCUGGGAAUUGCUUGCUAUGCUUCCGACGUUGUCCCCAAUUUUAUGCCCAAAAUGGAACGAUAUGUCCUGGGGCAUGGUGCGCUGGCAUCGGUGGCUAAGGAGUAUACUGGGUAGGGAAUUUAUUUUUUUUCUGAGAUUUUCAAAAUUUGCGCCACAAAAAUGUCUAUGCUGGUCAGCCAAAAUUUUAAAAUGUAUACUCAGUGCUAAGUCAUCGGCAUCUCGAUAGUUUUUAGACCUGCCAGCAGUAAAUUUGGCCAUUUUUUCAGAAAUGGCCUUGCCUCCGCUAUUAUCAUCGAAAAUGCCCGUCAAAUGGCCGCCGAUCGGAUUUGCAACUACUUUUAUGGGAAUCCGACAGCAAAUGAGACGGGCAGCGUGGCCCCAAAACUUGGCAUGCCUGAAGUUUGGCGCCUCAAUUUCACUGACAUCAAAAUUGACGGGAAAUUUGCGAUCAAGAAGAGCAACGUGAAAGCCGGCCUUGGAGCGAUCGCUGGGAACUUUGGCCUGGUUCAGGAUAUUGCCAAAUAUGAGUAUUUGAAAAUGGAAUAG